AUGACCACCACAAAGAAGGUGUCGUCGGACGCGCCGGGCGGGCGGGAAUACAAGUACUCCCAGGAGAUAUCGCAGAUGAUGUUCGUCUUUGGCGAGGUGCAGGAUCCUAACCCGGAGACGGUCAACCUCGUCGAGGAUAUCAUCCGGAGUCAGCUUAUUGAACUGAUCGUACAAGCGCGUAUGCUGGCCACGCGCCGCGGAGCACGGUACCUCUCGGCGGAGGACCUCAUCUUCCUUAUACGACACGAUCGUGCAAAGGUGAACCGGCUACGAACGUACCUAUCAUGGAAGGACGUGCGGAAGCAUGCGAAAGACUCUGGAGGAGACGGAGGCGGUGGUGUGGAGGUCGAAACGUUGGAGGACGGAGCAGAUGACAAGUUGACAGCGAAAGCACAGAAGAUUACUAUCAAGCUACCAUGGGAGAUCAUGACAAUUUAUUCGGACGUCCUACAGACGGAUGAUGAGGAGGAUGAGGACGAUAUCGAGGCACACGAGGCCUCUAUUCAACGUCUGAAGGAAGCCGAUGAUGCCACAAGACAGAUGACUCGAGAAGAAUACCAGCACUACUCUGACUGUCGACAAGCUUCCUUCACUUAUCGCAAAGCCAAACGUUUCCGAGAGUUCCUUAAUCUCCCUCCUUCCCUCGACCUCAAAGCCAACGACGAUACCGUCGACAUUGUCGGCUUCCUAGCUUUCGAGAUGGUCCGUUCUCUUACAAUCGCCGGCCUUGAAGUAAAGAAAUCUCUCGAGGAGGCGUACCUGCGCGAAGACGUGCACUCGACUUCGCCAGCCCUCGGCAAGCGCAAGAGCGCAUCCGGACUGGGCGGGGACGCGAAACGUAUGCGGCGCGACGAUUCGCCCGACCACGACACCGAGUCGCCCCUCCCGACGUGCUCGCUUUUCCUGCCUCCACCUGAGGCACGUACCGCGCUGCGCCCGGAACACAUCCAGGACGCGUUCGCGCGCAUGCAGGCGGACUGGGCUCACCGGCGAUCUGCGGGCAUGCACAACUGGCGCGGAGGCCUCGUUCGGACUACUGUCAGCCUCAUUUAG